AAGAAGAAGAGGGAACGAAGAGGACGCCGAGGGUGAGUGAAUUUUAAUUUUUUCUAAGUGAGGUGGGGUGAGGUGUGUGAAUAUGUGAUUUUUAAUGUGAGUGCAACAUUUUAGAACACAGUAAGUAUUUAUAUCAAAAUAUGUGUGAAAAUUAAUUGACUGUAUUGUAGAUGAAACGUAAUUCAAAAAUCUUGUAUUUUUAUAACAAAUUUUGACGAAAACUUUGGAACUUUUUAUUAUUUACGACACUAGGGAUGCCAGUAAGAGAAAGUACACACCAAGAUCGAGACCAAACUAUGUUGCUUGCAAUUGGGUUUUUUGUAAUAAUCCUGGGAUUAUUGGCCUAUUUAGACACAAAAAAACCAAAAAAUUAUCCUCCGGGACCAUCAUGGCUACCAAUCAUCGGCAGUGCACACACCAUAGCCGAAUGGCGAAAAAAAGCCGGCUAUUUGUACAAAGCAACGGCCGAAAUGGCCGAAAAAUACGGACCUGUGAUUGGGUUAAGAGUCGGAAAAGACUUGAUUGUGGUGGUUUACGGUAAAAACCAAAUCCGGGAAUUUUUGGCUUCGGACGACUUAGCAGGAAGGCCCACUGGAGCGUUUUUCGACAUGAGAACGUGGGGAGAACGCCGAGGGGUUUUACUGACUGAUAGCGACUUUUGGCAAGAGCAACGCAGAUUUAUUUUGCGCCAGUUGCGAGAGUUCGGCUUUGGGCGCAAAAACAUGUCCUCAAUGAUUGAGGAAGAAACGGCAAUAAUGGUCGAAAGCUACCAAAAAAUGCUCGCUGGGAAAAAAUCAGUGACUUUGAACAUGGAAUCGGCGUUUAAUAUCCACAUCUUGAACACUUUGUGGAUGAUGAUGGCCGGGAUUCGCUACAGUCCCGAAGACAAAAACCUGAAGAGUCUUCAGGAUAUUUUAGGGAGGUUGUUUUCGACUGUGGAUAUGGUGGGGGCCCCUUUCAGCCAGUUUCCGAUUUUGAGGUUUAUCGCUCCGGAGAUUUCGGGCUACAAGCUCUACCUGGAGACGCAUCUCCAGAUUUGGGAGUUUUUGUACGACGAAUUAAAGCGGCACAAGGAAACGUGGGAUGAGAAUAAUUUGCGUGACUUUAUGGAUGUGUACCUGAAAAUGCUCAAUUCGCCAGAGCGCAAAGAGAGCUUCUGUGAAAAGCAGCUGUUGGCAAUUUGCUUGGAUAUGUUUAUGGCUGGGUCCGAAACGACGAGUAAAAGUCUCGGUUUCUGUUUUUUGAACCUGAUUAUGUAUCCCGAUGUCCAGAAAAAGGCGCAACAGGAAAUAGACGCCGUUGUGGGCCGUAACAGACUUCCAAGUCUCGAAGACCGACCGCAGAUGCCCUACAUGGAGUGUGUAGUUUUAGAAGCUCUGCGAAUGUUCUCCGGCCGAGCUUUCACCGUCCCUCAUCGUGCUUUCAAAGAUACGCAUUUAAAUGGCUACAUCAUCCCCAAAGACGCGAUGGUGAUUGCAAACAUGCAUGGGACGUUAAUGGGCCCCGAAAGCGGCGUCGAAGACCCCGAAAUAUUCAAACCAGAGAGAUAUUUAAAAGACGGCAAAAUCACUUUAGCCGACACUUACCUUCCCUUUGGUUUCGGAAAACACAGAUGUUUGGGUGAAACACUGGCCAGAGCCAAUGUUUUCUUAUUCACUGCUUCGCUUUUGCAACAUUUCAACUUUUCGAUCGUUCCAGGAAGUCCACCUACUACAGAGUGCAUCGACGGAGUCACCCCUGGACCUCUGCCGUUCAAAGCACUCGUGACACCUCGAGAGUGAUUAGUUAGGAGUUUAGUUUAAGAUGUUGUGCCAAAUAAAAUGUUAAUUGGAAAUAAACCAAAAUAUUGUAUAA